AUGUCCACCCCUACUGAGGGGGGUCUGGUCAACGGUCACUUGUCGCCCGAUGAUGCCGGGGAUACGACCACCUUUGCCGAGCGCGGCUUGAGUGAUAGCGAUCUAUCCGACACUCGAGUCACGCCUAUGAACCGCUCCUCCCCGUCGGACACGGAAAACCGCAACGGUGACGCCUCAAACCACUUACACCACGAUGACCACAUGUCGGAAUCCGAUGGAACCAGUGAAGGCGACGCGUCCGAUGACGGCGACUUCGAGGUGCAGGAUGGCGUCGUGUACGAGCCAGAGGAAGCCGGAGGCCAAGAUGAUGCGACCUCGGCCGACUCGUCUCGCCCAUCCAAACGCAAGUCACCGGUCGCCGAGGAUGACUUCAUAAAAGCCAACCCUGAGCUGUAUGGCCUUCGACGCAGUACGCGAGCGAGGGAACGUGUGAAACUGGUUGAAUCGAGUGACUCCGACUCUGAUAUUGGGCCGACGAGCCGGCGACAGACCAAACGUCGCCGCGUGAACCCGUCAAUGCCUCAUUCAAAACGAGGCACUCCUGCCAUGCAACCUUCAACCAACGAUUCCGACUCGGAUUCCGACACAUAUGGUGGGGCGAGGGCUAAAAGUCAGCUGAAGAAGGCUAGGUUACAGCGCGAAGCACAGCCCACACUCGCCUUCGCCGAGAAGCGAUGGUCGAACCGUCGCGCCGCGCAGCAGGUCCAGCAAGGUGCCUACGAAGAAAGCGACUUCGAUGAUGACGAAGAUGCCGAGGCUACGACUGGUUUCUACGUAGCCGACUACGUUGACGACUCUCCGUACGUUGAAAAGGUCAUUCGACAUCGACUGAAGGAUGGGCUGGAAAUCCAAUUCGACUCGGGCCGGCACGAUUUCGAAUACUUUAUCAAGUGGGAAGGAAAGUCGCACAUGCAUGACACGUGGGAAACCAUCGAUUCGCUUCGCAGCAUGCGUGGAUUUCGAAAAGUCGAAAACUACUUCCGCAAGGUGGUCGAGUACGAGCUGGACAUACGCUUCGGGGAGGAUGUCGCGCCAGAAGCGAAAGAGCAAUUCUUCCUUGACCGUGAACGAAACGAGAAUGCCUACGCAGACUACACGCAAGUCGAGAGAGUUGUCGCCGUCCGCAACGGCGACCUUGACGACGAGUAUUUCGUGAAAUGGAAGGGACUUACCUACGAAGCAUGCACCUGGGAACUGGCCACGGACAUCAGCGUCAAGUUUCAAGACAAGAUUGACCAGUAUUUGGACAGAGCGUCGCGAUCGUGGAAGUCCGACCGGCACGAGGCCAACUUGAAUUCGCGCACGAGGAUGACCAUGCUGGAGAAGCAACCCGAGUACAUCGUCGGAGGUGAGCUUCGCGAGUUUCAACUAAAAGGUCUAAACUUUCUCUGCCUCAACUGGACUCGUGGGAACAACGUUAUUCUCGCCGACGAAAUGGGCCUCGGUAAAACUGUGCAGACAGUUUCCUUCAUCAGCUGGCUUCGGAAUCAACGUCAUCAGGAAGGUCCAACACUGGUCGUUGCGCCGCUCAGCGUCAUUCCCGCCUGGUGCGAUACUUUCAACAAUUGGGCCCCCGAUCUGAAUUACGUCGUCUAUCUCGGUCCCGAGGAAUCAAGGACGCUCAUUCGCGAAAACGAACUCAUAAUUGGCGGCGACCCCCGAAAACCCAAGUUCAACGUUCUCGUGACCUCGUACGAAUUCGUGCUGCAGGACUUUGCUUUCCUCUCGACAAUAAAGUUUCAAACGCUCGCCGUGGACGAAGCGCAUCGGCUCAAGAACCAGGAAUCUCAGCUGUACGGCCGAUUGCUGGGCUUCGGCAUCCCGUGCAAGGUCCUGAUCACGGGUACCCCGAUCCAAAACAACCUCUCGGAACUCUCGGCGCUGCUCAACUUUCUGAACCCUGGCAAGGUGAACAUCGACGAGGACUUGGAUUCUCUCUCCGCCGGCGAUGCGCAAGAGAAGCUGCAAAAUCUCCACACCGCCAUUGCACCAUACAUCCUGCGAAGGACGAAGGAGACUGUGGAGUCCGACUUGCCCCCAAAGACGGAGAAAAUUAUUCGCGUCGAGCUCUCCGACGUUCAGCUGGAUUAUUACAAGAACAUAUUGACGAGGAACUAUGCGGCGCUGUGCGACGCCAGCGGUGGCCACAAGAACUCGCUCCUCAACAUCAUGAUGGAGCUGAAGAAGAUUAGCAACCACCCCUACAUGUUCCCUGGCGCCGAGGAGCGUGUCUUGGCCGGCAGCGUUCGCCGCGAGGAUCAGAUCAAGGGAUUGAUUGCCAGUAGUGGCAAGAUGAUGCUGAUCGACCAGCUCCUGACGAAGCUCAAGAAGGACGGGCACCGAGUUCUCAUCUUCAGCCAGAUGGUGAAGAUGCUGGAUAUCCUUGGCGAUUACCUGUCCCUGAAAGGGUACAAAUUCCAACGGUUGGAUGGAACCAUCGCAGCUGGACCGCGUCGGAUGGCCAUCGAUCACUUCAAUGCCGAAGACAGCGACGACUUUUGCUUUCUUUUGUCCACACGAGCCGGCGGACUUGGCAUCAACCUCAUGACGGCCGACACCGUCAUCAUCUUUGACUCGGAUUGGAACCCCCAGGCCGAUCUGCAGGCCAUGGCUCGAGCCCACCGGAUCGGACAGAAGCGGCCCGUCAACAUCUAUCGUCUUGUGUCCAAGGAAACGGUCGAGGAAGAAGUUCUGGAGCGAGCCCGAAACAAGCUGCUCUUGGAGUACCUCACCAUUCAAGCGGGCGUCACCGAGGACGGCCAGGCCGAGUUUCAGGAGCAGCUGAACAAGAAAGGCCUAAAGACGGACGGCCCGUCGUCGUCCGAGGACAUCCAGAUGGUCCUGAAGAUGCGGUCCUCCAAGAUGUUCGAACAGAGCGGCAACCAGGAACGGCUCGAGCAGCUGGAUAUCGACUCGAUUCUCGAAAACGCCGAAGUCACGAAGACCAAGGUCGACGACAAGAUCAACCUCAGCAGCGGUGGUAUUGAUUGGGAUAAUUUCAUGCAAAUCACCGAUGUCAAGGUGGAUGAUAUGAACCUCGACUGGGACCAAAUUAUUCCCGCCGACAAGGUGGCGGAGAUGAAAGCCGAGGAGGAGAAGCGCAAGCACGAGGAGUAUGUCGCGAAGCUGGCGGCCGAGAACGCGCCACGGAGGGCGACGAUCAAGAGCCGCACGAAGGAAAAUGACCGGGCCGACCGACUCAAGAAGCGGCAGAGGGAGCAGGAGCAGGAGGAGGAGGAACAACGAGCGCUGCUGGCGGAUCCCAAACGCCCGCUGGACGACAAGGAGCAGCGGAAUCUCAUCAAGGCCUACUUUCGGUUCGGGUCCAUGGACGACCGCGGCGACGACAUUAUACAGGAAGCGAAGCUGGCUGAGAGAGAUCCCACGUUUGUCAAGUCGGUGCUCGACGAUUUCAUUGCGGCUGCGAAGCAUGCGAUGGAGGACAACGACGCUCGACUGGCGGAGGAAGAGAGGAAGUCUGGCAAGGCGUUGACGAAGAAGGACAAGAAGGCGGUGCUCAUCGAUUUUGGUCAGCUGAAGAAGGUCAACGCCGAGACGGCGAUUGAGCGGCCGCAGCAGCUCCAGAUUCUCCGGCAAGCGAUUCGAAGCCAGCAAGACUGGCGAUCGUUCCGGCUCGCGGAUGCCAUGAAGGGAGCCAACUAUAGCUGUCCCUGGGGCGCCAAGGAAGACGCGAUGCUUCUCGUCGGCAUCGACAGGCAUGGUUUUGGCGCCUGGGCUCAGAUCCGAGACGACCAGGAGCUGGAUAUGUCGGAAAAGUUGUUUCUGGAAGAGCACAGAGUGGGCAAGCGGGAAGAACGCACAAAGGCAAACGACAAGCUCAAGGCGCCGGGCGCGGUGCACCUCGUCCGUCGGUCCGAAUACCUCCUUUCGGUGCUGCAGUCGAAGCAUUCUGGCAACCGGCCGGCGCACAAGGCGGCGGACGGCCAUCUCCGGAACAGCAAAAAGCAGCAGCUGGCGAAUGGGCAUCGUGCGAGCGCGACGGCGUCGCCGGUUCCCCAAGCAGCCAAGAAGCAUCGUGACCGGGAGAGGGAGCACCACCGCGACGGCGAAACCGCUCACGGCCGGAGCUACGGUGAUGACCGGGGCGCGUCUCGCGCCGAUUUCAAGCGCAAGCAUGGGGUGCAAGAUGACGGUCGCAGCCCGAAGCAUCGGCGCGUGGAUGACGGACGUCGCCUGAGUUCGCAUGCCGACGACCGCGACAGGCAUGAAAAGCGCAGGCAUCGCGACGACGAGGAUCGCCACCGUGACCGGCACCGGGAGGAUCAUCGUCGCGACGACCGGCGGGACGACCGUCGACGGGACGACUACCGACGAGAUGGCGGCCGCCGUGACGACCACCGUCGCGAAGACCACCGUCGGGAGGACCACCAUCGCGACGAGCAGCGCCGGCGCGACGACCGCCACGGUGCCGGCCAUCGAGAGCGAGAGCAUGAAGGCCGACCGCAGGCCGAGCGGAGGGCGAAUGCGCUCCGACGACUGGACGAGCUCCGGCGCAUCGGCGACGACAAGGACCAGAGAGACAAGGACAACGACGCGAUGAUCUGGUUUCUGCUGAAGCCCGUUCGAGCCAAUUUUGAGAAGAUUCUGUCGACGACGAAGGAGAAUGUGAAGUCGAGCAAGGAACGGGCGAGCAUUUUCGGCGAGGAGCUUGUCGCCAUCGGCCGUUUUUUGGACGCGCAGUUUUCCCAUUCCGCGGCGAACGAGGCUCUGAGGAACAAUUUCUGGGACUUUUUGGCCGCGCUCUGGCCUGUCGACGACACGAGCAAAAGCGUCACGGGCAAGAGACUGAGCAACAUGUACAGCACGCUGCACUCGCGCAGCGCGACGGGCGGCUCCGGUGCCGGGCGAGCAAACGGUGCGGGCAGUAGCCGAUGA